AUGCAUAGCGGCAGCAGUUCCUCUGCCACUUCCUUUGUUGCGGCUGCCACUUCCUUUGCCACGAACAAACCCACGGUACAGGCUAAUGCCGUGAGGAGCUCUAUUGGUGAUACUCCUAUUUUACCUUUGCAAGUUACCCUCUCUGCUUUAUCUGCAUUGCAACGUGAUCAUGUGCGUGCCUUAUUGACUAUGAUUAAUAAUCAACAACAAGACAAGAUGUGUGUUGGACUCCCUAAUGGUGCACAAGCUCUUGCUACAAAGGAGGGGCGCGUGUAUUUGGCCAAGAACAUUAUUCUUGGUCAUGUUCUUUUUGUUCCUAAAUUGACUUGCAAUUUAAUAUCGGUUUCUAAAAUGAUUGAUGAUUCUCGAUGUUUUGUAUAUUUCACUGAUUCUUUAUGUGCUAUACAAGACAACCACUCGGGGAGCCUGAUUGGAGCCGAUGAACGAAUAGGUGGACUUUACUAUAUCCGACAAAUUUCUAAAGUAUGUGCGGUGACUAAGCCGGAGAUUUCUGCAUUUGAGUUAUGGCAUCGUCGUCUGGGGCAUCCGUCGGAUCCAAUUGUCAAGUUGGUUCCUGCUAUUAGUACUAGUUCUAGUAGCAAAUUUUUAAAUAAAGCAUGUGAAGUUUGUCGGCUAGCUAAACAAUCUAGGGAUAGUUUUCCCAAUAGUGAUAGUAGGGCUAGUCGUAUUUUUGAGAUGAUACACUGUGAUUUAUUGGGGUCUAAUAAGACGUCGUCUACUUGUGGUGCACAUUAUUUUUUGACAAUUGUUGAUUAUUUUUCCCGAGCUGUUUGGGUUUAUUUAUUGAAUAACAAAACUGAAGUUUAUUCUUCUUUUUGCUCUUUCUUUACUAUGGUUAAAUGUCAGUUUGAUGUCAAUGUGAAAUGUGUGAGGAGUGACAAUGGUACCGAAUUCAAACACAUGAUCCCGUGUUUAUGUUUUGCUCAUAACCAAAAUGAAAAGGGUGAUAAGUUUUCCCCUAGAAGUCGAAAAAGCGUGUUUGUGGGUCACCCUCAUGACAAAAAGGGUUGGAAGUUGUAUGAUUUGGACACCAGUGACAUCUUUGUUUCUCGUGAUGUAAUAUUUCAUGAAAAUACUUUUCCCUUUAUUUCUAAUGUGGGAGAUACUACUGUGGGUGAUCAUGGGGUGUCCAAUGAUAAUGUUGGGGUAGAUAAUGAUUUUUUGGAUGACUUGGAGUAUGUUUUGGAGGUUGGUGAAGCUUCCCUUGACUCAGACACAUCGAAUGACACCACCGAUAGCACCCCAAUGGUGCCCAAUGCUGUUGCCUAUACUGCUCCAUCUAUUGGCAGCCUGGACCGCAGCCCACUUGUUGUAGCCAGUGCUGCCCGCAGCUUGAGUACGGAGCACACUACUGCUUCCACAAACCGCAGCUCGGACAACACUAUUGUGGCUGAUCCGGGCCCUUCUUCUUCUUCUUCUUCUUCUUCUUCUAAUGACUUGGGACGUGGUCAUCGUGAACGACAUCCACCUGGUUGGCACUGUGAUUACGUCGCACAUACUAUUUCUCUCCAAAGUCCAUCUAUCUCUCAGAGUUCACCGCCUUCAUCAAGUUCCUCAGGUAAUCCUUAUCCUUUAGCACAUUUUGUGAAUUGUGAUAAAUUUUCUAUGCGCCACUGUGUAUUUAUUGUUGCAGUUGAUACAGUCGUUAAGCCACGAAAUUUCAAAGAGGCAAUGCAAGAUGAGGGGUGGCGUGAAGCAAUGCAGAAUGAAAUUCGUGCCUUAGAAGAUAAUCACACUUAG